AUGGACAACGAACAAACGGAGAUUGUGGAAAUUCAUGAUCCACAGCCUUCGCUGGAUAAUUACGAUGAAACUUCUGAAGAAGCCAGUGACUCUAGGGAGGGCAGCACGGGAAAAGGAAGAUUUCAAAAGGUGGCGAAAAGAGUCAUCAGCCUUAAUCGAAUAUUAACAGCUGAAAACAUUUGGUCGGCCGGGCAAGAUCCAGGGAUUGAUGCAUACACUGCGGAUUCUAACAUUUAUACAAGUUGCCAAAUUUUCUGCUCGGAUUAUAGUGAAGAGGGUCAAUCGAAAACCGAAUUAACGAAUGGAACUCUGUCCGAAUUUCUCAGGCAAGAGAGACCGAAAGAUAGCAAAGUACGAUGGAUUAAUGUGGAUGGGAUCUCUUGGGACGUUAUAAAAGUUCUUGCGAUCCACUACGAUCUGCAUCCCUUAAGUGUUGAAGACAUCAUGCAAGGCUCUCAGCGCGUAAAAAUGGAUCCGUACCAUAACCACAUCUAUGUAUCAUUAUUACUCCAUAUUCUCGAUGAAAUGGAUGAUUUAAGAAAUUCGGGAAAGGAUUCCAUGAUCUUUGAAUCUAAUAAUUUUCGUCGAAGAUCAAUAUUACGUGCACACUCACGUAUAAACUUGCUACAACAUGGACAUCGCGAGGGAAGCAGAUAUCUAGAGGCUCACAAAGAAUUACGCAAGAUGAAACUUUCCGUUGCCGUAGAACAAGUUAACAUCAUUUUACGCAAUGAUGGCACGCUGAUAACCAUAUUUCAGCAUAGCGGAAAACUCGUAUACAACCCAAUUUUAUCGCGAAUUGACCAUCCGAAAACAAUACUGCGAACCUCGCAGGAUGCAAGUCUGCUGAUGGAGGCUGUUAUUGAUGCGAUCGUUGAUUUGGCUCUUCCUAUAAUUGACUCCUACCGACAUCAAAUAGCAGAACUAGAAGGCAAACUGUUGAUUCAACCAAAGAUAGAUUAUAUGCGUGAACUUCACAUGAUUUCUGGAGAAUUGGCACUCCUUAAGAAGACAUUGGCACCUGUUAAAGGGCUCGUAUCCGUUCUAACGAAGCACGGCGACAAAUCUCUUCUAUCGGAAGCGGCCAAAGUUUAUUUCAGUGACGUUUCGGAUCACUGUAUUGACAUUGAAGAUAAUUUAGAAGCAAUGUUUAAAAUUACCGAAAAUUUGGUGAACCUGGUUUUCAAUCUUAUCGCCUAUGAUGUGAGUGAAUCCGCGAUUAUGACCCUCUUUGGAAUGAAUUUUGUGGAUUUUCCGGAACUAAAAUUGCCAUUAAGGCAUUUAUUUCUGGUUGGUGACAGGCAUCAGUUCAAGCGUGAUGUUUGUGGUGUUUACAUCUCGCAUGUGGUCCAAGUGGAUUUUAAGAUCCUACAGAAAUUAUCAGAGAAGGAAACUAAAUGA